AUGCCCGCCACAACGUCCAAGCUGACACCCGAUUCCGAGCUCCAGCUCGCCUUCGAUCCGAGCUUGAUACCGCAAGCGAGCAAGGACCUUCUACCCGAAGACAUCAUCGUCCGACCGCUCGCCAGCGACGACUACAACCGCGGACACCUUCGCGUUCUCGCCGACCUCACGCAGGCCCCUGACAUCGGCCUCACCGCGUGGUCCAAGCAGUUCGCCCUCCAACUCGCGUCUCCCAACACAUACUACCCUAUCGUCUUCGUCCACACACACACCGACCAGAUCGUCGCAUGCGGUACCAUGUUUGUCGAGUUCAAAUUCUUGCGAGGCGGCGGCUCUUGUGCUCACAUUGAGGAUAUCGUCGUUCACAAGGACGGUCAGGCCAAAGGCCUGGGUAAGAGAAUCAUCGAAAUUCUCACGCACAUCGCCAAGCAGAGAGCUUGCUACAAGGUGAUUCUCGAUUGCAGCGAAAAGAAUAUUGCCUUCUAUGAAAAGUGCGGCUAUCAUAAAGCGGGCGAUCAGAUGGCUGUGUACUUUGUAUAG